AUGGACAGAAGACGAAUACUUGUCAUUGCUGGCUCAGACAGCUCUGGAGGAGCCGGACUGGAAGCUGACCAGAAAGUGAUUGCUGCUCAUGGCUGCUACGCCAUGACCGCAACCACCGCUCUGACGGCUCAAAAUACUCAGGGUGUCUCUGACAUUCACUUUGUGCCCUCCGACUUUGUCAUCAAGCAAAUAGACGCCUGCAUGACUGACAUUGGUGUGGAUGUUAUCAAGAUUGGCAUGCUAGCUUCCGCAAGGACUGUUGAUGCAGUGGCAAAUGCUCUGAAAAAGCAUGGGGAACCUAUCACUGUCGUUGACCCUGUCAUGGUCGCAACAAGUGGAGCUCAGCUGCUUCCAAACGAAGCCGUCCACAAUCUCCGAACUAACAUCCUGCCGCUGACCACUAUUCUGACACCAAACAUCCCCGAAGCUCGAUUAUUGCUCCAGAAUGCCGGGUUGGGAGCCCCUGAAACCAAUUCAUUGGACGACAUAGUCAAUAUCGCCAGGGUCGUUCAGAGUCUCGGACCCCGCUAUGUUUUGGUGAAAGGCGGGCAUUUACCCCUCACGAAGGACGGUCACAUUUCCAAAGAAGAGGCUGAUAGGCACGUUAUCGUGGACGUCCUCUAUGAUGGGCGUGAGGUAGCGAUCUACCAAACGGAUUACCUGCCCAGCAGGAACACGCAUGGCACGGGCUGCUCCCUUGCAUCAGCAAUCGCCUCCGGCAUCGCCCUCUCCAAAUCUCCUGAUCGGACCAAUGACAUACCAGACGCGGUGGAAAUGGCUGUCCGUUACGUCGAAGCAGGUAUACAGACGAGUUUCGAUCUGGGGUAUGGGAAUGGGCCCAUCAAUCAUUUUCAUUCGCUGAGCAUGAGGCUGCCACCACCCUUUCCGUCGACAUUGAAAAGGAGCGUAUAUGGAAAGGCCCAAGAUGGAGGAGGAGCGGCGAAAGAGUCUUGA